AUGGGCAGCAACCAAAGCAACACCUCUGAAGUGAUUGGAUACACAUCUACGUGGGUAGAGUUUGAGAACGACUGGUUCGCUCAAGGGGCCUCCCGGUAUGCCUACAAGGGCACAUUUCACGGGGAUCCCCGCUUUGAAGGGAAACGUUGCGUGGUGAAAGUCUAUAAAGAAGAAUGGUAUGAACGCCUGUCAGAAUAUGCCUGGAAAGCAGACGACCGUGCCUAUCGCAAAGCUCACGAGAUGGCGCAGUUGUUUAACAUUAAAUAUAAUACGAGCAAACCAAUCGAGUUCGUUAAACCUGAAUUCACCCAAGUUGACACCCGUGCCGCGUUCAAUUUCCUGGGCUUCAUUCCAUUUGAACGAAAGGUAAAAGGGAAACUUGCUGGCACCUCCGACAUUGUUUCCAAUGUUAUCCCGGCAAACGCUACCCUCGCUGUCGAGCCGUACCUUGAGGGGAAGUAUGUCAAAUUUAACAACAACUCUGGAUACUCGGAAAAAGCAGAUAUCGCCACCCCGGCUGCCUUCAGUCAUUUCACUUACCAUGAAUCCAACGGCACGGCUUUGGUUUGCGAUUUGCAAGGGGUGCGCAGUAGUUCUGGGUACAAGUUCUCUGACCCGGCGGUUAACAGCAAAGGCACCGAACUCGGUUUUUACGGCUCUACUGAUUUAGGGAUUUGUGGUAUUGUAAAGUUCUUUAAGAACCACACAUGCAAUGACCUGUGUAAGAGGCUAAAUAAACCAAAAAUUACCAACGUGUCACGCGGUGAGAGGGUUAUUCUAGAUAAAAUCGUAGACAACAUGCCUUCUCAAAGUGCUUCAACGCACACUUAUCAAUUAAGUGGGUCCUCUGGUGUAUUAACCAGGGAUGUAAACAAAAUUCAAAACAACCUAAAACUUGAAGCAGUCUCUGAAGAACAAGUUCAGCCCACUGAAUAA